AUUUCUUUUAGUGCGUAUUGAGGAAAAAAUUCGUUUAGUUAAUAUUAGACCUUUUAGGUGACGUUGCCCCAAGUCCGGAUAGUGCAGAUAUUAUCUUCUUGUUGGGGGGUUUUGAUGUAUUUCUGUUAAACCCUAACCAUAUCAACAUCUUGAGCAAAUAUUGCUCUGCUCGAACCACUAAGGUCAGUGUACUGUAUAAAACAUAGUAAUUGUUACCUUUUUCUAUCUAAGUUCUGUUUAAAUCCUUGUUGUUUAUUCAUGUUUUUGUAAUCUGUCCCUUCGAUAAUUCUACCAAGAAUUGGGACUCCUCAUGGAACCCAAAUUUCUUCUUUCCUCAACGUCAACACCCUUUGUUCCGAAUGGAGCUUUUCCCUUUUCCCUUUCCCAUAAAUCAUCUUUUAUAUCAGCACAGCAUUUUGGAAAGACUCAAAUUUUGGGUAAAAGUUUAGCUUUUGGAGUCAAGAAUGAAUCUUUAUGUAAUUUAAAGACUCCAUUUUGGGGAAAAAGUUUAUCUUUUAGAGAAAAGAGUGAAUCUCUGUGUAAUUUAAGGAAACCCCAAGUGCCCGAUUUUCGAAUUAGAGCAUCUGGUACCGUGAAGAGAAGGAAAGAGCUUCCUUUUGAUAAUGUGAUUCAAAGGGAUAAGAAGUUGAAAUUGGUUAUGAAGAUUAGGAAGAUUCUAGUGAGUCAGCCUGAUAGAACCAUGUCGCUUCGUGAAUUGGGUAGGUUUAGAAGAGCAUUGGGUUUGGAAAAGAAAAGGAGAUUUAUUGCUUUGUUGAGGAAAUUUCCUGGAGUAUUUGAGAUUGUGGAAGAAGGGGCUUACUCACUUAAGUUCAAAAUGACUCCUGAGGCAGAGAGGCUUUACUUGGAAGAAAUGAAGAUUAGGAAUGAAAUGGAGGAUUUGUUGGUUAUCAAGUUGAGGAAAUUGUUGAUGAUGUCGUUGGACAAACGGAUUCUGUUGGAGAAGAUUGGGCAUCUGAAGACUGACUUAGGGCUUCCGUUGGAAUUCCAGGAUACAGUCUGCAGACGAUAUCCACAGUACUUCAAGGUUGUUCCAACUGGACGAGGGCCGGCAUUGGAGUUGACUCACUGGGACCCUGAGCUUGCUGUGUCUGCUGCACAGAUCACUGAAGAGGAGAAUAGGCAAAGAGAGUUGGAAGAGAAGGAUUUGAUCAUCGAUAGACCACCAAGGUUCAAUAGGGUGAAGCUUCCCAAAGGUCUUAAACUUUCAAAGGGUGAGAUGAGAAGGAUUAGUCAGUUUAGAGACAUGCCUUACAUUUCACCGUAUGAGGAUUUCUCUGAAAUAAGGCCUGGUACUCCGGAUAAGGAAAAACACGCAUGUGGUGUGGUUCAUGAAAUUCUGAGCCUCACAGUCGAGAAAAGGACUCUUGUUGAUCACCUUACUCAUUUCAGGGAAGAAUUUAGAUUCUCUCAACAGCUGAGAGGCAUGCUGAUAAGACAUCCUGAUAUGUUCUAUGUCUCUUUGAAAGGGGAUCGAGACUCAGUUUUUCUCCGUGAAGCUUAUCAGGAUUCACACUUGAUAGAAAAGAACAGGUUAUUGCUCAUCAAGGAAAAGCUUCGCUCCCUUGUUUCUCAUUCAAGAUUCCCCCGGAGAACCACUCCACGAACUGAUUCUGCUGAAACAGAAAAAACUGAGUCCAAAUAUGGAAUUGAUGCUGAUGAAGAUGAAGAUUGGUCCGACAUUGAUAACUUAGGGACUGAUGGAUUAGAUGAAGAUGACGAUGAUGAAUGGAGUGAUGAUGGUGAUGAUAUACCUCCCGACUUCAGUGAUGAUGAAGUUACUGUUAACCUUGAAGAUAGCAAACCGACUACACAAGUUAAUGGUGCACAGAAGAAGGAAGAAAAGAUUCUGGACCCUGUUUUUCCAGAUGGUCGGCCUCGGGAACGCUGGUGAAAAAAAUUAAACCUGUGCUUGGAUUAUUUCGCGCAUGAAAGACAUUGAUACGAGAUCUUAAAUUACAGCUUCUGCUAUUGGCUUGUUACAUUCGCACGAGGUUUGAAGUCCCAGGGUAAAAGAUUCUUCCAUUCUUUUGACACCCUGCGUGCAGCGUUAGCUUAGCAUCUUUGCAUCAGAUUUAUGGUUCAAUGUUGUCGUUAAGUUAAAUAUCUUUUAGAUUACACUGCUCCUAUAAGCUUCUGCUGGAUGUGUCAUGUGAAUUCUUAGUUUUGUAUUAAUUGAGGCUCUAAAGCUUUCAUAUGUCAGAUUGUGUGCCAGAUUGUAAAAUGCAGCUUACACAAUACAACAUGGUGUUCAUGGCUUA